UCCUGUUUCCGCAUUUCCGAGCUCAAGCUUCUCAUUGCUAAGCAUGUCAACAUGGUCGCUUAAGUCAGGCCCACUCCGUCGUGCAGCCAGUCCGCUCCGCCUGCUGUACCAGGCGCUAGAGCUCGUAUGUGUGGAUGCAGGCUACGAGGGCACAUUUUGCUGCCCAUUGGCUGCUCUGACGCCUGUGAUGGAUUCCCACACCCUCGAGAAUUGGACAUCGUCGUCACACGUAGACGUCAACCCCCCAAUCAACGAAAUGACCUGGAAAGGGUUUUUAUUGACGAGUCGAAUACCUUGUCGAGAUAUAUCGGUGUCACGCGAGGAUUCCCGUAUAAGUCCCCGUACAGCUCAGUUGGGUAAGCUUGAGUGGGCCGCAUGA